AAAAUUCGAGUCAUCUCAUCAAAAAAAGCAUCUUCGUUUUCUCUUCUUCGCAAGCCCCAAAGGAAGUUCCCAUUUGAAGCUCCUCUCUCUCCUCUCUCUCCUUCCUUCUUACAGAGAGAUCGCAGAUUUGUUAUUGCAUAUCGCAGAUCAUCUCUAGGUCUACUUUCUUUGGAAGAGGUUUGUGUAAUCUGCAUUUAAGUGCCCUCGUCGGAUAUGUUACUUGAUGACAUGAUAAAUCACAUGCGCAAUAGCGGGAGAGGUAGAGGACAAGGCAGGGCCCGACGUGGUCGAGUACUAGGAGGGUCAUUCAAAGGUGGAAUGACAGGGGCACCGCACAGAGGACCACACAGAGGUCCACUCAGGGUGAAUGCUCAGCCAUCAUCUAAUGCCAUUGCCAAGUCUUUCCACGGAGCGAAGAGUUUUCCAUGGCGGCAUGAUUUGUUCGAAGACAGCCUUAGAGCUGCUGGGUUAACUGGAGUUGAAAAUGGCACAAAGUUAUUUGUUUCAAACUUGGACAUUGGAGUGACCAAUGAAGAUAUAAGGGAACUUUUCUCUGAGAUUGGAAAACUGAAACGAUAUGCAGUUCAUUAUGACAAAAAUGGUCGCUCAAGUGGUUCUGCCGAAGUAGUAUUUGCCCGAAGAAGUGAUGCAUUUAGAGCUCUUAAGCGAUAUAACAGUGUACAAUUGGAUGGAAAACCUAUGAAGGUUGAAAUAAUAGGCACCCACUCAGAGAUUCCUGUUUCGGCUCAUGUCAAUGUAGUUGGAGGUGUAAAUAGGAGGAGGAGAGUUGUUAUGAUGCCAGGAAGUCGUGUUAGAGGCUCUGUUGCAGUUAAUCGCGGUUAUGGUCAGAGGAACCGUGGAGAUUUGAUGAAUGGCCGUGGCCGUGGCCAUGGCCGUACUGGUGGGCGAGGCCGUGGUGGUGGUGGGAGGAAGAAAGCUGUAGAGAAGACGUAUGAUGAACUUGACAAGGAACUGGAGAACUAUCAUGCAGACGCUAUGCAUACAUAAAGAACCUUUUAAGGUCUCUGCAGAAAUGCAAAUAAUGUUGGUUAUAGUAUUUGCAAUGCUGGGCUGUACAAAAAUUUUAGAUGGUUGACUGCUUUCAGUGGUUUGUUCCCCUUGUUGGAUGAUGGAUGCUUUGCAUUUUUUAUUUGAUAUAAUAAUAUACAAAUCUUAUUAUUAUGGUGGUA